AUGACUUCGGCAACGUUUAAAUACAUCGACACAAACUCGUACGAGGGGAAGCCAUGGAGCAAAGUCGACGGACCGGGAAUGUCGUUUAAGUUGGCAGACGUAGAGGCGCCAGUGCACAACAUCCGCGGGUCAGAAGCCCAGUUCGACACCAACAACUCCGGGUUUGCAGUAUAUAACUCGCCCGCAAAAGAGAAGACGUUUCAAGACGAGCAGGCUGUAAGAACGGGCUAUUACCAAGAGGUGGAAGACUUGCUUCGGCGGCAACUGCCUGACAUCAAAAAAGUAGUCAUCUUCGACCACACCCUUCGCCGAAGGGAGAAGAAUGCUCCCCGACAGCCUGUCCAGCAAGUGCAUGUUGACCAGACGCCUGGAGCGGCCGACGUCAGAGUGCGACGUCAUCUUCCCGCCGACGAGGCGGAACAGCUUUUGAAGGGCCGUUAUCAGAUCAUUAACGUUUGGCGGCCCAUCGAAAAUCCCGCCACCGACUUCCCGCUGGCUGUCAUUGAUUGGCGGACGACCGAACCCAAAGACUUCAUCCCCGUGGAUUUGAUGUAUCCUCAACGUCCAGACUCGGCCAUGGACGACGAUGACCGCGGCAAGGAGAAGCUUCCCGACGAGCAGAGCUAUUGGUCUACCGAAGGUUAUGAAGCGCGUGGCGAAACGCUCGCUGUAGCUGCAAACUCCUCGCACAAGUUCUAUUACAUGAAGGACAUGACCCCGGAUGAGGUAAUGCUGCUCAAGUGUUUCGACUCGUUUGGAGAGGGAAUGCCAAUGGGAAGCAAGGGGCUUGCGGUGAGAACCCCGCACACAGCUUUCGUAGACCCUGCAACACCGAGUGACGCACGAGGACGGCAGUCGAUUGAGGUCAGAUGCUUAGUCUUCUACGAACAAAAUUGA